UCCUUGGUGUAAGUGGUUGUUGAAAUUUUCUGAAAACCGUUCGGAUCUUUCACAAAAAUACACAAAUAAUUAUAUAACUUAUUUUUGCUCAAUUUGCACGAAAAUUGUGUUUUCUUCGAUGAUAUCUUGGUAGUUUAAGUUAAUUUAUUUGCUAGCUAUUUUUGGGGUAAUAAUUUGUCACUCAAAUACGAUAAUUCUCUUUCGCACACCUGGCAACACUGCUGUCACGGUCUGUCAGUACUCCAAAGAGCAUAUAAUCACUACGUUCUAUCAGUACUCAAUACACCACAUCCUCUUUGACCACAUCAUUAAUUCUUAAUUAGUAUCUCUUAUUAGUCUGUGUUCUUAAUAUUCUUAUGUGGUUAUAAACAUUUUGUUAAAUUGUUAUACUCUACCGGCUGUACUCCAAACUCCACUCUAACUCAAUCUGGAUUCUGUGGAACUAUGGGAAGGGAUGAAAGAAUGCUAUAAUUUUGUGGAUUAAAUGUGCACUUAUCAUUGAUCUUUUGACUAAACUAGAACAGCCAUUGGUAUUCAUAACUCUUUAAGCAAUGGCCACUAAAGAGCAUAAAUAUUUGGCAAAUAUAAUUAAAGAAGUCCACGCGUCUCUUAGAAAAUCAUCUCUGGAAGUAGGCGCAGAAAAUGCUUGGCGCGAACAUUGUAAAAAUAAGAAUAUACUCAGUAAAUACGCGGAGUCUAUGCAGAAAUUAGCUACAACUCACUGGGAAGAAAAUUGUGCGAGUGAACACAGUGAAGCAACAUCAAGAAUUAAGUGGACAGCAGACUUGGCUCAUUCCUACUUUAUGCAAAAAUUGUACCUUUCACAUAGAUUAAAAGAAUGUGAAAUAGCUGUGAAAAUGAAUUCUGAAAUCACUAUGGAAGAGCAUUUCUCCGAGCCCCUAAAACUUAUUGAUGUAGGCAGCUGCUACAACCCAUUUAAGAACUAUAAUUUUUUUGAUGUUUUGGCUGUGGAUUUAUGUCCAGCAAAUGCAUCUGUUUAUGAAUGUGACUUCUUAGAGGUGCCAUGUGGUGCUUCUUUAAAGCAAACAUCUAAUAAAAUCAAACAGUUGCCAUCACAUCAUUUUGAUAUUGUAACAUUUUGUUUUCUUUUAGAAUAUAUACCUAGUUCUCCUCUUAGAAUUAAGGCUUGUGUAAAAGCCUAUGAUAUUUUAAAACCAGGUGGAAUUCUGGUCAUUAAUACUCCAGAUUCAAAACAUGUUGGUGCUAAUGGCAAACUGAUGAAGAAUUGGCGAUAUACAUUAGCAUGUAUUGGGUUCUCCAGAAUUAAGUAUGAAAAAUUUAAGCAUAUGCAUUGCAUGGCAUUCAGAAAAAGUCUAAGUAAAGAUGUGGCUUCUCGCUGGGCAACUGUUCACAAAGACGCUAACAUGGAAUUUACCCUGCAAAUACCUCAAGAUUUUACUAACACACAAGAAGACAAUCAAUCACACCCAGGAAAUUUAUACCAGAAAACAACUGUGACUGCUGAAGACUUCAAUGAAUUACCAUUUAAGGACUUUGAAUGAUAGAAUUGUUUUGAAAUAAUAAAGGCCAAUAUAGCAAAA